AUGUCUGCGUUCCAAAGGUGUCUCGACAAUGACCCGCAAGCAGUCGACUCUGCAUCUCUGGCUACACACUCGCUCGCGACCCUCGUGUGGUUCUCGAUCUCUUCGACCCAUAUUCGAGAGAACUGUGGCCAUGUCGAUAUCCCAAACAGUGUUCUCUGCUUCGAAUCCGACCACGUCGCCAACUGUUCAGCCGGCGAAUGGAUGUGUAGAGGUACUAUUAUCUGGAACAAACGGGCGCUCAUGAUCGUGAUGUUGCCUUUUCCAUAUCCGGAGGUAGCACAUCCCCUGAGGUCACAGAAAUCCUUUUCUCUUGUCUACGUGGACGGCGCGGCUCUGGGCGGAGUCCCCGAUGAGCACUGUGCAGCUUACAUCUGCAUCUACGAUAGGGAACGAUUGAGACCGGGUCUCUCUGUUGAUGAAGAGUAUCGGGUCUUUAUCGACGAAGAAGGGGAAGAGGAGGACGAGGAGGAAGAAGACGAUUAUGAAGAAGACGAGGGAGAAAAAGAGGAACUUGAAUCAGCUGAGGAAGAUCUUGAUUCUAAUCAAGAUAGGGACGAGGUGUACGAUGUCGAACUCGACAUGGAACCUUUCCUCAAGGCAGUGUCUAUGCCACCCCGCAGAGGAACAUUCACCGGGGACAAGUACCACGGCAACCGACAGAGACUUUAUUCACCCGAACUCUUGAGGACCUACUCCGACCCUUUCAUGGAGUGCAGUUCAGACAACUACUUCACGAUGAGGAGAGAGCACGACAAACAAGGCUGGCGAGAUUGCCAAGCCUCCCUCCACUUCACUUGCCGAGAAGUCGAGAUCGACUUGGUCCCUGGCUUCAGCAACCCAUUUUUUGCUACUGUAUCAGAAGUUGCCUUCCAAGAUAACAUCAGCGACUGGUUGCGGCUCCAACAGAACCCUCGAACGCCAGUAGCGGUAGCGCUCGUGACCUCAGAGUUGAUCAGGGUAUCAGUGCAAAGUAGUAUCAUCAGUCCCCCAGAGCUCAAGGGAAGGCUGGAGCCUAGCGAGAACUUCAACGGACAAGUGCCAGCCGUAUUUGAGUUUUACGGGGUACUGGAAAGGCGGAGUGACGACUCGGGGUUUUGCGAAGCAGAGACAUGUGUGGAGGUCAAGGGCUACACGAGACAAAGCAGCUGUCGACUAGAAGAACAGAAUAAUUGA